GGCGGUUAAACGCGCGCACCAUGAAGUCGUUGUGUAGCCUUACGCGCCAUUUGCCGUCAUUACUCCGUUGUUCUUCGCACUAUCUGCUCUUGUUUGAUCUUGGACCAGUUCCGUUGCCGUUACAUUCACCUUUAUUGUUCGUCCGUAAUUUUAAAUCGUGUGGCCCGCGACCGAUCGCCGAAGACGAUACUACUGCAGAACAAUACGCAAACCAUUCGAAGUCCCUACGUUUAUUGACCAUGGCUGUUAACGAGUACAAUAAUGACAACUGUUGUCGGACCUCCCGACCCCAUCUGCCAUAUACGGUGUUCAUCGAGGGCAACAUAGGCAGCGGGAAGACCACGUUUCUCGAACAAUUUGCCGACUGUCCGAACGUGUACAUGGCUAAAGAACCCGUGCACAAAUGGCAAGACGUAUGUGGACACAACUUUUUGGUAAAUGUCCCGCAGUUCUCGGUCUCUUACGUGGCCGCCCACCGCAAUUCGUAAACCUCAUUUUACUUAUUUUUUCCGAUUUUGCGAAAUAGGGUCUGAUGUACCAAGACCCGAAACGUUGGAGUUUUGCGUUCCAGUCCAUCGUACAGAGGACAAUGUUAGAAUUGCACCAGGCCCUACCCGAACACGGACAAAAUAUCAAAAUUAUGGAACGGUCAAUAUACAGUGCCAGGUGUAUAUAAUUUUUUUAUUCUAUUCGAAAAACUUUUAACUCAGUAUUUGAACUUUUGUAAUAUAUCAACUGUUUAAACAUACAUUUUUUUCAUGCCAUGCUAAGAAUAGGAAUGUUUUAUGAUUUUGCCCUCAUAUGCUUAAAACAUGACUAUUAAAUUCUAAGUAAGGAUGUUGAAUUUUGAAUUGAUAUUCAUUUUUUUUUUGAGAAAUUGCUUAAAGAUGGGUAAUUGAAUGUUGAAUUUAGUACUUAAGUCAUACAGUUUUAAAAAAAAUGUAAACUAAUUAUAAAUAAUGGAAAGAUAUGUUUUACCCGUGUAGGGCUUCUGGAUAUUGAUGUACUUAUGUACAGUUGUUCAUUUACGUGUAUUUAGUUCACCAUAUGCUUGAAAGUGGUAGAGGUGCUCCACCGUACAAAUAUAUUUUUUUUUGCCCUAUCGAAAAAUCAAUCUGUCUUUAUAGAUUGUUAUGCCUACUCACAAAAGUAUCUACAGUUUUAAUGUCUUAACAAUAAAUAUUAAACACAUUUAAAAUAAUGUUGAAUAUAUCAAUGGUGCAAGUUCAAAUUUAUAUAAAAUUUCAAGACAAAAAAACUCCAAAAGUAUUUAGUUUUAUUAUAUUUCUUAGACUGUAAGAAACGUAUAGAUCAUAUCUAAAGCAUUUUUUUAGUAUUGUGUAAUUAGUUUUUUUUUCAAGAUUUUUACUAAACAAAAGUACCAUUUAUUGUUUGAUAUCCAAAAUUAUAUAGAUUACAGUGACAAACAUACCAUGUUAAUAUUUUAACAAUUAAUAUUGAAUAACUCAAAAAAUGUACAUAAAUUAUAUAUUAUACUCACAAAAAUACUAUGUAGACAUUCUUACAACAAAUAAAAUACAAAUUUAAAAAAAUUGCAUAAUGCAGUAUAUUGUGCAUAUAUAUAUAUAUAUAUAAAUGCAAUAUUUAAAAUUUAAUUAUAAAUGGUUUAAUGCAAUAACAAGUUCAUUAAAAAUUUAAUAGGAAAUUAAUUAGAUAAAUAGCUUUUGAAGAUUAAGUGGAUAUAGUAUUAAUUUUACAAAUAAAACAUAUACAUUCAAUUCAUAUUUAACUAUCCAAUUAGUGAUUAUAAGUUCUUCGAAAAUAUGUUGUAACGAAUAAUAAAUAAUAUUUAAUGCUAUCAGUUUUUGUUAUAAUAUUUACUAUGAUUAUUUAUUAUUGUGUGCGCCUUUUCCAUGUUUAUUCUGUCUACCAGAAAUUUUUCCCUAAUCAUAAAUUGACUACAGCUUUUUGUAGCAUUUUAUGUUUUAUUGAUGUGUUGAGGUAAAUUUUUGAUUUUUUAAGUAGUUUUAAUGAUAAUUUUGAUAAUAAUAAUAAUAAUAAUAAUAAAACUUGAGAAAAUUGACAAAUUUACAGCAAUAAAAAUUUCAUGAUUUUUUAUUGUAAUUUGAUUUAAAAUAAUCAUAGAAACUGACAUUUUCAAACAAUUGUAGCAAUGUUUAAGUAAUGUAUAGGCAUUUGGUGUUUCCUAGUUUUUUUUUUUUUAGCUUUUAUUUCAUUUUAUGUGGAUAAGAAUGUUGUUUUAGCAGAUCAAAAACACAUAAAUAUUGUACAGUUAGUUUAUUUUUAAACAGGGUUAUAAAUUGUGGUUAAACCAAACAAAAAGUUUGGCGUAUGUGUCUUUAUUUUUUUUUAUAGGUGUUAAGUUACAAUUUUGAUAAAAAUUAUGAAAUUUAAUUAGUUUUAUUAUUAGCAUUUUAUAUGUUUUUUAAUAGUUAAAGUUAAAUAUUUUAUAGUUUUAAUGUUAAUAUAUUUGACUAUUUGACUGGGAUAUUUAAAAAUUAUAGUUACUUGGAUUUAAUUUUUAAAUCAAAAGUAAAUUACAGAUAAAGUAAAUAAGUAUUUAAACUGACAAUAAUAUUUGAGUAGUUUUUUAUCGAAAUUAUUGAUUUACUUUUACGUAGCAAUAAAUAAUUUUUCUAUCAACAUCAAUGAUUCAUGUGAUGUGCUCAGUUUUCUGUUGUAUUUUUUUUAGUAUAAUAUUAUAUUUUGAUUUAAGGGCGUUGGUCAACUUAAAAUAAUAAAUAUUACUAUCUAUUUGUAGACUGUUUUACUUUAUGUUUUUUUUUUCAUAUUGUUUGUGUCUGUAAACAACUUUUCAAAAAGAAUUUUUACUAGAAAUAUUUGUCCAAUAACAAAACAACUUAAGACUUUUUGUUUGAAUCUAGUUGGUGAUUAUGAAAGUGGUUUUUUUGAUUUUCCCUGUAAUUUUUUUUAAUAUUUGAGCAAACCGAAUGAAAAAAACUUAAAAAGAAUGGACAAAUUACGAAAAUAAUAGUUUUAUUUUUUUCAAUGUUUUUGUAAUUUAGUUAAAAACGUAUGGUAGGGACUUGAAAUUAGGACAGAUUUAUAUUUGCCUUUUCUAGACUUCGUAAAUUUUUCAAAACAUUGAGCCAUUUUUGAACGAUUUAUAGACAUUUAAAUUUUGUGAAAUUUUACAUAAUUGUUAUGUGGCAGGUACUUUGUAGAUAAAAUUGUUAGAUUAAACAGAAAUGAUUUGAAAAUUUAACUAGAGGUUCAUUAUAAGUUGUACUUAGUAGUAAAAUAAAAGUAGUUUUAAUAUCAGCCUUUAAAACAUGUAUAACCAAACUUCGCUCCAAAUCGUUAUUUGACGUACAACUUGCUUACAUAUAUAAAUUAAAUAAUUAUGUAUCCUACCUUUCUAACUUCCCAUCUAUAUUCUUAGUAUCAGCAUUUUUUUUUUUUUUAAUAAUAAACUAUUAACAUUUCAGAAAUAUAUUUAUUGAAAAUUUGUACAAAGAUAAUCUCAUGGCAUCUCCUGAAUAUGCUGUGUUGGAUGCUUGGUAUAAGUGGAUAAUAGAAAAUGUUAAAAUUGAAUGUGACCUCAUAAGUAUGAAAUAACAUGAAUUACUGGUAUUUUUAUAUGGGGAUUAUAUUUCAAAUUAUUUUUCAGUUUACCUGAGAACAGAUCCAGAAGUAGCUUUCCAAAGAAUCAAAACCCGAAAUCGGUUUGAAGAAAAAGAUGUUACAUUGGAUUAUAUUCAACAUUUACAUGAAUUACAUGACAAGUGGUUAAAUGUACACAAAACUGAUGUGCCAAAGAGUGUACCCGUACGUAAAUAUAACACUAAAAACAAUUUUUAUAACAAUUUGAACAUUGUGAUUUUUAAAUUAUUGAGAAAAAAAUUUUCAUAUUUAGAUAUAUUUAAUUAAUAUAGUUUAGUAAUUUUUAACUAAUAGUUCAUUGCAGCUUUACAAUCAUCAUUUAACACAAAACAUUAUAACAAAUUAAAACUUAAAUGUUAUUGGGGAUUUAGUAACAAAAAUGUUUAUCAACUUUAAGAUGGAUGUAAGUUGUUUUAUAUUAUUUAAUAAUAUACAUUCGAUGAUUCAUAAAAAAAGUACCAAUAAAAUUGUGAUUCAUUUACCACUAUUCACUAUUGCGUAGUUACAAAAGUAAUAGAAAUUGAAAAUAAAUUUGACAUGAACAAUUAAUGACAUUUUAUAUAGUCUGGUAUAUUAAAUUAAACUAUUUAAAUUUAAAAUUGGUUGGUUAUAUUAUGUUAUUACUUCAUUUGAUGAUCCAACACUUGUAUAUUAUUCUUAAAAAUGUACUAUAUAAAUAUAAUAGGAAUUUGUACGUGUUCAAAAACCAUUAUGUAGUGAUUUAUUUUAUAAAUCUUUUAAAAAAUACUUAAAUCAUAUGUUAUAUCAUUUAAUCAUUAUAAUUAUAUUAAAAAUUAAAUUUUAUGUUCGGUUUAGGUGGUGAUCGUUGACGCUAACCAAAGUAUGGAACAAGUGAAAAAACAAUUUAAGGGCGUAAGAGAACUAAUCAAUAAAAAUGCCACAGCUCUCAUUGAACCAAAAACAACUCAUAAAAUAUCUGAUUUGGGUAAAACUAUUAAUGAAAUUCAGCACAACAUAGUGCCUAAUUGUACAUUGGUGCCAGAUGUGAAUAUUAUUAGAGCGUAAAUAGAAUAAAAAUCAUUGUUUUAUUUACCUAUUUGUACAUACAUACCUAUACUUAUAUCUAUACAGAGUUCACCAAAAAAAAAUUAUGUUGUAAAAAAAAGAGGGAUUUUUCCAUGUGGUUUAUCAAUAAUCUGUUUUUUUUUUUUUAAUGAUUCUUUUUGUAUUUACUAUUCUAUUUUUUAUUAUAAAUUAUUUUUUUUAAGUUUUAUAAAUUUAGAUAUUUAGUGUAUAUUUUUUUGACUAAGACUCAGUAAAUCACGAGUUUUUUGCACACUUGAAGGAAUAACAGCACGUUUCUACUUAUUUAAAUUGUUUGUUUAUGAUUUUAUACAUUUAAUGAUGAUAAAUAUUUAUUUACACACUUACAAUACUAAUAUUUAUUAACUGAAGUAAACAUUUUUUGUCAUUUAUUGUAUUGUAAAUAUUAAAUGUGCUACUAUUAUGAUUCCAGUUUAUUUUUUGAUAAUAUCACAAAUUGAUUCACUGCGAUUAAUAAAGUGUACUUUAUUCUGUAAUAAAAUAGCAGGCUUCCUUUGUUAUUUUCCUCAUUGAGAAAAUCAUAUACUUGAUGUAUCGUAUGUAAUAAUUACUUUAGAAUACAAUUAUUACUAUGAAAUAAUAAUUGAAUAACAAUACAAACAUUUUAGUUUUCAUCUUUACAUUUUUUUAUAAAAUUAUAUUUGUUUUAAGAUCAAAAAGAAAUUACAAAACAUAUAUAAGUAAACAAUUUUGAUUAAUUUACCCCAGAAAGUUUUUGUUUUAACGUAACUUGGUAUACAUUUUAAAGCUGAAAUAAAGCAAGAUAAGCUAUAUUUUUAAACCUUAAUAAUAUUAUAAUUGCCACAUUCAAAUUUAAUAUACUAUUAUAAUAUGUCAAGGGAAUGAACUAAUUGAGCAAGAUAAUACCAUGGUUUUUAUUCAUUAUAGUUUUUCUUGGAAUUUUAUCUUUUAUAUUUAAUUUAAUAAUGUUAAUUUGAAUUACAUAUAAAAACCAAUAGUGUUAUUAUAUUAAAAUAUUAUUAAUUAAUUUUAAAAUGAAUAAAAUAAAAAUAUAAAUGAGUUUUCAUUUGUAUGAAAUGAUGUGUUAUUUAUCUUUUAAAAGCCCUGUUGCCUCAAGUAUGCUAUUACAGAUUUCUUUGUUAUUUACAUCUUGCUAUCUUUUUUUGUCCAAUUGAUUCAAAUCUUUUUGUAUGUGUAUUUGCAUUACAAGGAAAGAAGGAAUUUUUUUAACAUCUUGAACAUUUUGUAGACUAUUAAGAAUAUAUAAACAAAAAUAUCAUGAUUAAUUAAUUAAUAUAAACAUAAUUAAUAAUUACAGCAAAAAGUCUUUUAUUUGUUCUUCCAUUUUUUUAAAUUGUAGAUUUUCUCUGUGUAGCAUUAAUAUUUCACUAGGUAAAUCAUCAAGGGAAUCCUGAAAUAAAUUUUAUUUCAAUACCAAGUAUAUUUA